AUGAUUGGAUACUACGAAUUCUAUGAGGGAGACGAUAGAAAGGCGACCCUUACCGACGCGAACGAUAUAGAAAUCAGCGAUGUAGCCGAAAUCGAUGAGACAGAUGUUACUGGAGAUUCAAACGCAUACCUGGGCGACGGGAAAACUAUACCUUCAUCGGGGGGUCUUAGUAUCUCGGAAAAACGUAGAGUCGUGGUCAUCGGCGGGAAUCAUGAAUAUCGGACCGGUUUCGCGAUUACGAGCAAUAACGACAACUUUCUCAGCAAGUCCAGAACCCUAGUGAGGUUAGCCACGUACUUCGUAAUACAUAUUGAAGGUCACCCGGCACCGCCAAAUCCAACCGGUAACCUACCGCUUCGUAUCCGAUCGCCUGAAAACUGGCUUCCAGUUUCUGCUAUGGACACGGAGAAUGUGAUCACGUUCCGGCCGUCCAAGAGCACACGAGUGCUAGGCAGGUGCCAUGUUAGAGAUCUACAGGCUGCCAUGGACCAAAAGAACCAGCGAGACCGUAAUGGGACUACAGCUUUGGCGAAUGUACUCCAAAAUACCCUGGGCGAUCCAUAUGGUUCGUUAUCCCGUAGAAGCGCUCCCUCCAAUCGCCUACACUACAAUCCUCCAACACUUCGGGUGCAGCAGUUACAGGGUCAGGUUAGUACUCCGGGAUUCAAUCCUCCUCUUGCACUGCGGGCUAUGCUUACGCGAUCUGAUCAAUCGGCAGCUUCAGGCUCGGCGAAUAGCCGUGUGACAGGACGUCCGCCGAUCGCGCGGGAGCCAGCAGCACAACGCGAUUCGCGCACCAUCACAUACCCACUUCCAGCACGGCAUCAAAACACUCCUCAAGGUGCUACUGACACCCGCGGGCGUACUCAGCAGUGA